GUACCUGGCCAUCUGCUAUCCGCUGCGCUCCCGGGAGCUGCGGACCCCCCACAACGCAGUGGCUGCCAUAGCUGUGAUCUGGGGCCUCUCCAUGGUCUUUGCUGGGCCCUACCUAAGCUACUAUGACCUGAUUGAGUGGGAGUCCAGCUACAUCUGUAUGCCUGGCUGGGAAGAGUGGAGACGCAGAGUCAUGGACACCAGCACAUUUGCAUUCGGCUAUGUCAUCCCAGUGCUGGUCAUCAUCCUCUCCUACACCAGGACCAUCAAGUACCUCUGGACAGCAGUGGACCCCAUCGAGGAUAUAUCAGAGUCCAAGAAGGCCAAGCAGAAGGUAACCAAGAUGAUUAUCAUUGUAACCAUCCUUUUCUGCCUCUGCUGGCUGCCUUACCACGUAGUCAUCCUCCGAUACCUCUAUGGAGACUUCCCCUUCAACCAGGCCACCUAUGCCUUCCGCCUGCUUUCCCACUGCAUGGCUUAUGCCAACUCUUGCCUCAACCCCAUCGUCUAUGCCCUGGUCUCCAAGCACUUCCGCAAAGGCUUCAAAAACGUUUUCAGCUGUCUCUUGAGGAAAAAGCACAACAACAAGGUGCAUGUGGUGCACUCUUCCCACAUUGUGCCUGGAUUUGAGGCAGGCUCCACUUAAGUGUCCCAGAUGCAUGAGGAGAAUAACAGGUACGAGCUGAAUCCAGCCUCCAUGCCUCCUACCCCACUUGCAUGA